GAGUUCAGUUUGUCAAAAGAAAAGAAGAAGAAGAAGAAGAAGAAGGAGCAGGCGAAUGUCACCGCUGGGACAAAAACAGUUCACCUCCAGCCUCCCCGACGGCACGAAACUCUCUCUGCUGACUGAAAGAAAGCUUUUAAUUUAAUUAUUAUACACAUAUUAAAUCUGUACAGCUAAAACAGGAGGGCCUCGUCUCGGCGCGCACGCUCGUUUCCCUCUUCUGCUGGAGUGAGCUAGCUUCCCUGUUAGCUUAGCAGGACACCCACUUACCCGUGUCCGUGUGUGCAGGACUUUACACUACCAGGAGCGGACAGAUUCACCCGGAGCUGCACCGAAACGGACUUACACUUUACUUUACAACUGCAGCUGCACGUACAAGCUCCAAACGCGGUGUUUGCACGCGACGUUUCAACAGCACAGCAGCAACAACAACAACACAAAACAUCCUGGAAAAAAACAAGGAAGUCUGAAUGAACUUAGCUGCUAGCUAGCAUCGAGCUAGCUCUGCAGCAGCAUUGCUUCAUCGUGCAGCUUGGUUCUGCAGCUGAAGGAGGGAUCUGUGCAGCCUCUUCUCUCGUCCUGCAGAGCUGAUAUUGAUUAUCUUCUGGCCGUGCAGUGGAUAUAUCGAUUGAUAUUUAACGGCGAUAGCGUUAGGCCGUAACGUUAAGUAGAGUGAUCUCCAACAACGAUUGUUGUCUAACGUUACCAAGUUGGAAAAGAGUCAAAGAAACAUUUUGGAGAUGAUUCCCGACAAAGCGCCGAAGGAAGACGUCUUCCACGGGUCUGAGGACUUGAAGAAGGAGGCUCACAUCCCCAGCUUUGAGAAAUACAAAGAGCUCUACCUGAAAUCCAUAGAGAGUCCUGAGGAGUUCUGGGGCGACAUCGCCAAAGAUUUCUUCUGGAAGACCAAACACACGGGUCAGUUCCUCGACUACAACUUCGAUGUGACCAAAGGAGACAUAUUCGUCAAGUGUAUGGAAGGAGCUUCCACCAACAUUUGCUAUAACAUCCUCGACCGCAACGUCCAUGAGAGGAAGCUCGGCGACAAAGUGGCCUUCUACUGGGAAGGCAAUGAGCCUGGGGACGAGCUGACAGUGACCUACAGAGAGCUGCUGCAGAGGGUCUGUCAGUUUGCCAACGUCCUGAAGUCUCAGGGAGUGAAGAAGGGCGACCGGGUGUCCAUCUACAUGCCCAUGGUGGUGGAGCUGGUGGUCGCUAUGUUAGCCUGCGUCCGCAUCGGAGCUGUCCACUCCAUAGUGUUUGCAGGUUUCUCUGCGGAGUCUCUGUGUGAGAGGAUCAUGGACUCACAGUGUUCGCUGCUCAUCACAGCAGAUGGUUUCUAUCGAGGAGAUAAGCUGAUAAACCUGAAGGUCUUAGCUGACGAAGCACUGCAGAAAUGCAGAGACAAAGGAUUCCCAGUACAGAAGUGUAUAAUGCUCAAGCAUUUGUCCAAAGAAGCAGAAGAGACUCCUCUGGGCUCUCAGUCUCCUCCAGCCAAACGGCCCUGCCCUGAUCUGCAGCAGGAGAAACAGACAGGGAGAGUAAAGAAAACACGUCCUGUUCCGCAGGUCCCAUGGAACCUGGAGGUGGACUUGUGUUGGCACACUCUGCUCCGUGGAGCUUCAGACGAGUGUGAACCAGAGUGGUGCGAUUCUGAAGAUCCUCUCUUCAUCCUCUACACCAGCGGCUCAACUGGCAAACCAAAGGGAGUUCUCCACACAGUCAGCGGCUACAUGCUCUACACUGCCACAACCUUCAAACUGGUGUUUGACCACCAGCCUGACGACGUCUACUGGUGCACGGCAGACAUUGGCUGGAUCACAGGACACUCCUACAUCACUUACGGCCCGCUGGCUAACGGAGCCACCAGCGUCCUGUUUGAAGGCCUGCCAACUUACCCAGAUGUGAGCCGCAUGUGGGAGAUUGUGGACAAAUAUCACGUGACCAAGUUCUACACAGCUCCAACCGCCAUCAGGCUGCUGAUGAAGUACGGCAAGGAGCCGGUACAGAAGUAUAAGCGAGAGUCUCUGAAGGUUUUGGGGACAGUGGGAGAGCCCAUCAACCCUGAGGCCUGGCAGUGGUACUACACCGUGGUGGGAGAGAAGAGAUGUCCGAUUGUCGACACCUUCUGGCAGACAGAAACUGGUGGACACGUGUUGACUCCUCUUCCUGCAGCCACGCCCAUGAAACCUGGAUCUGCUACGUUUCCGUUCUUCGGAGUGGUGCCGGCCAUCUUGAAUGAGUCUGGAGAGGAGCUGGAGGGACCGAGUGAAGGUUACUUGGUUUUCAAACAGCCAUGGCCCGGUGUGAUGAGGACGGUGUACGGAAACCACCAGAGGUUUGAAACCACCUACUUCAAGAAGUUUCCUGGAUAUUACGUCACAGGAGACGGUUGCCGUAGAGACAAGGAUGGCUACUACUGGAUAACAGGCAGGAUAGACGACAUGCUGAAUGUCUCCGGUCACUUAUUGAGCACAGCAGAGGUGGAGUCGGCUCUGGUGGAGCAUGAAGCUGUCGCCGAGGCCGCUGUGGUGGGUAGACCUCACCCCGUCAAAGGAGAAAGCCUCUACUGCUUCGUAAGUCUCACUGAUGGAGUGACGUACAACCGCACGCUGGAGGCAGAACUCAAAAGACAAGUGCGGGAGAAGAUUGGUGCCAUUGCAACACCAGACUACAUGCAGAAUGCUCCAGGACUCCCCAAGACCCGAUCUGGGAAGAUCAUGCGACGGGUGCUCCGCAAAAUCGCCUGUGACGAGCGAGACCUGGGCGACAUCUCCACGCUGGCCGACUCCUCGGUGGUUGAGCAGCUCUUCCAGAACAGAUGCUGCACCAGCGUGUGACGGCCUCCAGGAUCCUCGCAGGGAGGCUCUGACUACAGCCGCACGCCAGCGGCUACAAACCUAACCAGGGAAGAUGGAAAAUGAAGAAGAGGAAUAAGAGGAGGAGGAGAAAUCCCAUGAACUUGGUCUUGUCCAACAAACAACCUUUAGCUCCUGAUGAGAUUGACCGGUGUGCUGCAAAAUGACCCCACUGUCCUUUAAUGUAAGAAACACCAGCAGCAGGUGGAGACACGACGUCUGUCUGGUUACUGGUAGAUGUUUCCCACUUCUGUAGACGUAUUAAUAAUUUUAACGGCAACAAACAAAGUGUAGGAAUGUAGUUUUUGGGCUUGAAUGUUUUCCAGAAGGUUAUAGUGAUGCUGCUGGUUAAAAAAAACAAGGCAGUGGUGUGUUUGAGACAAGAAGCCAGAGGUUGUUUCUGUAAAAAGACCGUGCUGCAGUCCAACUGUGUGGAAGACGCAGAACAGGUUAACUCUUCCUUUGGUUUUAUCCUGGUGUUUCAACCAAUAAUACACAGCAAUACCUGCUAUGUAACGGCUCAAUAAAAGUGUACACUCAGUACUUGUACCGUACUGUUGCACCACAGCGAGUCCAGUUUCCCACACUGGAAUAAGGCUGAUGUGAAGUGCUACCUGUAACUGCCCUGUAGUUAAUACAACUGGUCGUCUCCUCCCCUCGCUUGCUGCCAUAGUACUGUUAUGUACACUGAUGAUUAGCUAAAUCAGAGAACGCUCAAUAUUUCUACUAGUUUUAAUUUCUAUUGUCAUUUUCUAAAAAAAAAACAAUUGUAGAUUUGUGUCUUUUUUUUUCUUGUUUUUAUUCCACCUAAUUUUUGACGUUAGGAUUUGUUGGGUAUGUCUGUCAGUGCGUCUGCACGCUUGUAUGUUAUUUUUCUUCUUCUUCUUUGUGUUAAAGUUGCAGAGAAGUGAUCGGGCUCUUCUUUCAGUCUGGUGGAAACUGAGAAAGUGUGUUCAUCGUCAUGUAGCUCAGGAGCUCCUCUCACAAAAGCCCCAAACCAGCUACAGAUCUAAUGUUCAAAAGGGAAGAAAGCGUGUCUUGAAUUAACCAAUAACUCCAAAACAAAACUGUGUUUCAUUAUUAAAUCAGACUUUACAGAGAUGUUUCUGAUUAAAUAAUGUACUGAAGUCAAUCCUAAAUAGUUGUAAUUAUGUGAAAGGAUGAUUUCAAUUUGGUAAAAUAAUCACAAACGUUUUUUCAGAGUUGACAGAGCUCAUAAUGCGUGAUAGACCGCAGUCUGUGGAUCAAGUCUGGAUCAUUAUACGGUACUGUUAUAAACAUAAUACAGGGUGAAGUCCAAAGCUAAAGCUCAGCUAAGACAUCAGUGUCUUUAUUCACGAAUGUGUUUAUUCAUGUUCCUGCUAGCGAGAAUACAUCGGAGUAAUUAAAGCUGGGGCAGGCAGAAAUCUGGACAAGGCAUACACUCUCCUCCUGCAGCUCUCCCCUUUGAUGAUUACAGGCAUAUGAUCGCACUUCAUACAUCAACCCGUUGUUUCCCAUACGUUGAUUUAUGUAGUCUUACAUCACUGUAGAGUUAAUCACAGCACAUUCACUCAGCCCCUCCUUACCCUGCUUUCUCUCUCUGUUUAUAAGAUCAUAAAUGAAGAGAGAAUUAGCAAGCUAAGGUGAGCCACCCCACCAUCCCUUCGCCUCGCUCCUCACCACUGUGGACUGCUUCCCUGGGAAGAGAGCAGGCAGUAACUCAGGAUACGGGACAGGAUACCCGCUCUCCUCUUGGUGAGGUGGCCUGUAGCAGCGGGAAGCUAGGCAGGGGACACACUGUGCUUUGAGGCUCUAGCUAAUGAUAGCUACAUAAACAUGACUGUGGGCAUUAACUCUGGUUAGCAGAAGGCUAAACUAUCUGCUACAUUUUCUCUCCAUCUCUGAAACACUUUUAUUGACAGACUCUCUUUUGGAGUCCGUCUUCCUUGUUUGGUUUGCUCUGCAGUGUAGACAGUUGUUGCUAAUGCUGGAAUAGCAACUCUCUGCAUUGAACGUGCAUGUGCAUCUACAUUUGUAGAGCAGCAAACGGGAACACCUUCUCUCUGAGAGACAGGCAGGCUGUCCAAUCAUUUAGUUUGGCCUGAAUUAAAUGAUCGGACAAGCUUAUUGCAGACCUGCGGUAGCCACAGAUACAAGAAAAUUUUUAAUAAAUAUAACAAAAAAAUGUUUCUAAAAUAAGUUGCCUACCCCAGCUUUAAGAUCCGCUUUAUCAAAGAAAAGUUCAUCUAAAAGAGAAAGGCUGGUGGUACCCUUUUUUUAAUGCCUGUCAGCAAAUUCCAUCACAAAACCAACAUGUUUUUCCCUUUCUCAAUAAUUUCUGACUUUCUCUAGUUAAGGAAAACGCAUAAUUUUACCAGAUGUCCUCCAUCCUUUAGUGUUUUUCUUAGAUAUUAAAGAACAAAAUGUCAGUCUGUGGAUAAAAAACAAUUUCCAAGCAAAAGCCUUCAUGUUUAACCCCAUUCUUCUUCUACAGAGAGACUGGAGUCAAGGUUAAAGCAAGUUUUCAUUCACAGCGUAAAACUGAAGUCAAACUGAUCUGAACCCUGAGCUGAUAUGGGGCUUUAAAGGUCUCUAUUGUGGACACGACAUCUGUAAUUGUGAGAACGAUUGACUUUGCGUGCGACGAACCAGAAGCAGAACCUCACACAGAUUUCACAAGCUUUUCUUUCUGUUGUUGAUUGUGUUGCUGUUUGUGUCUCGAUGUGCCAACCUAAGUAACAGUGGAGCUGGGUGUGUAAAGCAGAUAAUUGUAUCUAAUGUUCAGAAAAACAGUGCAGCUGCUUAUUUGAUUUAGAAGCUUUCUAUUUUUGUUUGUAAAAUAACUCGGGUGAAGGAAAGAGAAUUAUGUUUGUAUUUUUUUUUUGUUUCUCUCUGUGUUCAUCCUUAGUUUGUGUUGUUUUCAUUUCUUUGUUUGUAUCAACGUGUAUGCAAUGACAGUAAAUGGACAUGACUACUGCCUCUCA